CCCAAAUUUUCCACCACCACAACACCAACCCAAACAAAUCCGAUUUCGCCGCAAGAAUUCCUGUGCUUCGAUAUGAAGCCGGAGGUGGAGGUGGAGGCGGACGAACGGGCGGCCGAGAUGGCCCGCAAGAAGGCGGCGGCGGCCAAGAAGGCUGCGGAGGUGGUUGAUGUGGAGGAGGUGGUGGACGGCGAGGAGGAGGAGAAGGAGGAGGUUGAGGGGGAAGACGGGGAGGAGGCAGUAGAUGGGGAGGAAGACGGUGACGAGGAGGACGAGGGAGAGGGCGAGGAGGAGGAUGACGAAGAGGAGAUAGACGGGGAGGAGAAGGAGGCGGCGGGCGUCGUGGAGAUCUCCGACGAGGAUGACGACGACGACGACGCCGGGGAGGCGGAGGGUGGCGACGACGACGACGAUGACGAUGACGACGACGACGACGACGACGACGAGGUCGAUGGUGAAGACGAGCAGGAGGAGGAACUGGGAACUGAGUAUCUGGUCCAGCCCCUUGGUCGAGCUGAAGAUGAAGAGCACUCUAGUGACUUCGAGCCAGAAGAAAACGGUGAAGCUGCCGAGGAUGAGAUUGACGAAGAAGAUGAUGCCGAUGACGUUGAGGAUUCUGUGAAGGCACAGUCCUCUGCGAAGAGGAAGAGAUCAGGUGACGACGAAGAUGAUGGAGAUGACGAUGGUGACGAUGAUGAUGAUGGGAGGCCACCAUCGAAGCGAUAGUCAGCACGGCCCAUGCUGUGGUUGUGGGUCGUUGGUAAAUGGUUGUAGCAUUAGGACAUCUGUGGGUAGGUCUUGUAGCAGCUGAAACAAGAGUCCAGUGUUCAUCGUGGUAGUUGGUGUAUACCGCUGAUGUUGGUUAACAGCCUCCAGAACUUCAUGUAUGAGGGGAAAGCAUGAGGCUUGGUUUUAUGCUUGUGUAGCUUCUAAUUCAAGUCUGUAGAUCCUUUGUUCUGCAUCUUGUCAUGAUUAAAGUUUCUCUUUUACUGGAAA